UAAUGCGCCAUAGCCGGACGCUUGCUAGCUUGGACUUGUACCUUUUUUAGUUUUAAAAUUUGAACUGCUGCAUAUCUUAGGAAAAUAAACAAUUAGACUUUAGUUUGAUAAUUGUAUUAGCAGCAAAUAAUCCCGAAGAAUCAAAAUGGAUCACGAAAAAUUAACACAAUUGCCUAUUAGUCGGAUACGAACAGUAAUGAAAACUUCUCCUUCCAUUGGGUCCAUUAAUCCGGAUGCUCUGUUUCUCAUGUGCCGUGCUGCGGAAAUGUUCAUUGAACACGUCGCUAAAAACUCGCACAAAAAGGGCAUGAAGAAUCUGGAUUACAAACACCUGGCCUCAUACGUCGAAUCGGAGGAAGCACUGGAAUUCCUGGUGCAGAUUUUACCGAAGAAAAUCACCGUCAAAGAAUACAAAAUGAUUAUGGAGGACAAAAAGGACACAGACGACGAUGACGACAGUGAUGAAGAUAGCGGCGAAGAAACCGACGAUGAAGCUAGUGCAGCUUCCGGUUCGUCCUCUGCCGCCGAAGAAGAUGAGGAGGAACCGGAAGUCGUCGACGACAGUGCCAGUGUCAUCUCGGUCGAUUCGUCCAGUUCGGAUGAAAAGGAAAAUUUGAAAAAUAUUAGCAACAAAAAAUCACCGAUGAAGCAUAAGACGGGAGAUUCGCCUUAGUUCUAGAGUGUUUGUAAUAUUUGUACGGUGUAAUAACAUUAACCCUCACUCUGCCAGAAAUUGACUUUAUAUUUCCAGUUAGUUUUAGGAACGUUGUUUCGAUUAUCAAAAACGUAUUACAACUUGAA